CGCCAAAGAGCCCAAGGACGUAAGUUACAGCAGCUCACUGUCAAAACUGGAAAGUACAGUUGCGAGAGCUCGGAGCUGAAGUCUUCCGCUUCGCCAGAAAAUCUGCCGCCGAGGUAUCAUAACUUGCUAGGUUGAUUGUGGUUGACGCACUGUAGUUGAGGCAUCAAUGGGAGAUGAAAAGGAUGCAUUUUAUGUGGUUCGAAAAGGUGACGUUAUUGGCGUCUACAAGAGCUUAAGUGAUCUCCAAGCUCUACUUCGAUCCAGUGUUGGUGAUCCUCAAAUAAGUGUUUUUAAAGGGUACCGCCUUGCCAAAGAAUCUGAAGAGUAUUUAGCCUCUCAUGGGCUCAAAAGUGCAAUGUACUCUAUUGACACAAGUGAUGUGCGAGAUGAUCUCUUUGGCAUACUUGUUCCUUGCCCUUUCCGGCAACCAGGUUCUUCCAAAGAUAAACCUCUCUGCAAGAAUGUUCAUGAGAAACGGCUGCAGGAAAUGGCUGGAUCUGCUUCAUUUUCGGCAGCUAAUCAGCAGAAGCAUGCGAAAUUAGAUAACUUUCUCGAAGUCCCAUCGGUUUCUACUUAUUGUGUUUCCUGCAUUCUUGAGUUUGAUGGUGCUUCAAAGGGAAAUCCUGGACUAGCUGGUGCAGGGGCUGUGCUCCGUGCUGCAGAUGGAAGUAUUGUUUUUAGGUUGCGUGAAGGUGUGGGUGUUGCAACCAACAAUGCUGCUGAGUAUAGAGGUGUAAUCUUAGGGUUGAAGUAUGCUCUUGAGAAAGGCUUUAAACACAUACGUGUCCAAGGAGACUCAAAGCUUGUCUGUAUGCAGACUCAAGGAAUCUGGAGAACCAAGAACCAGAACAUGGCUGAACUGUCUAAGGUGGUCAAAGAGCUAAAGAAUCAAUUUAUGUCUUUCCAGAUCAACCAUGUUGAGAGAGAAUACAACACCGAAGCCGAUGCCCUGGCCAAUCUUGCAGUUUAUCUGAAGAAUGGCGAAAUUCAAGUGGAAUAUGACGUGAAGUAGGCGAAUGCAAAGCCCUCUCAUCCAGUAUCAAGUUUAUGGAUUCCGAGAGGAUUGUCCCUCACACUUUCACACACAAUGUCAUCCGAUCAAAUGUAGAUACAUGGUUGGUGAUGUCUGUAACCUAAUUUGAAAAUCGUCUAUUAGGACACGCUUGUCUUUAGGGAUUCUUAAACUGACACUCUAGGUAGUUAUUUAUGUAGAUAUUUGUAUUAACAAGCUGGUCUCUUCUUUUUAAUGUCUUCGCCCUAUUGAAUUUA